UGUCUCUGCAUCACUUCACAUCUCGCUGUUAUUUCAUCGUCCCUGAGCCUGUCCGGUGGCUCAGGUCUGAUCACUUUAUUUUUAAUCUUUAAUGAAUCGAUCCGCUCCUGCUCCAGCUGCCCGCCUCUCUACCUGCCUGUGUAAACACUGAGGGACGGGCAGGUGUGUCGGUAUGUCAGGUAGGCUCCACGGAAGUGAGAUACUGAGUGUUUAGAGACCACAGGAUCGACAUCAGCUUCAGAUCACAGCUGCUCCUUCAACAUGGCGCCCAGAGACCCUCUCCUCAGCUCCCUCAGAGUGUGUGUCCUGAACCUGCAGUCAGGUGGAGACACGGUGACAGACUCCGACGCUCACCUGACCUCCUGCUGUGAGCUGCUGGAGCUGGUCCUCAGGAAGGGGCUGCAACAACCAGUUCUCAGUCUGGGACACAGAGACUACUGGCAGUGCUUCGAACAGCUUCCUCACCAAGACACCUGUACCAGGCUGUCUGCUCUGUCCCUGGCAGUGGAGCAGACCAGAGUUUGCAGGAAGCUGCUCUCAGCUCAGGGUCGGGGCCGUUACCUGCUCAGACUGGCCCUCAGUCGCAGGAUCCUGCCCCAGUUCAUCACACACCUGCUGCACACGCCCCGGGUCCUGGAGUGGUUCAGUCCAGCUUCAAUCCUCAGGAAUGAAGAAUUAGUGGAGCCCUUCAUGUCGCUGCUGCUGGUCCUCUCUCACAUGGACUUUAAACUGGACCUGGAGAACUGUAGUUUUCUGGAUGAGAGCUGGCUCCUCCCGGUGUGUGAAACAUACGAGGUGGUUCCCUGUCGGGAGGUCGGCAUGGUGCUGAGGUACCUGAGUGGACGCACCUUUGUCCUGGACCUGUUGCCUGGCAGUCAGGCUCACGUCGAUAGGUUUAUCUGUCCUGGUGACAUCAUAGACGAAAUCAACGGGACGUCACUGAAGAACUCCAAGUGUGGACAGGCAGGUGUGGUUCUGUCACGGCUGAAGGGCAGCCCACUGACUAUCCGCAUUCUCCGGUGGAGGGCCCAUGAUGGAACGGUGUAUCGGCCCCUCAUCAAGCUCCUGCGGGCCCUGAGGGUGGAGAACCCUACACUACAGCUCGGUCCGGCCCCCUCCCCACAGUCGGCCUCCGAGGACCAGAGGCCCAGUCCUUCACACUGUCUCAAAGAGGGAAGGAUCGUGUACAUCGUGCAGUUCUUGGGAAAAACAAACAUUGGAAUGUUUGGAGGGAAGGAGGUGCUGCAGCAGGCCAUUCCACAGGUGUUAGAGAAGAACCUGCCUGGCCAGGAAGUGCUCUUAGACAUGAAGGAGACACACCUGACGUGCACAGACAAGAACAGUAAACAGGUGCUGAUUGAGCAUCACUACCCAGAGAUCUCAUGUGUGGGGAGAUUUGGUCAACCGGACUACACCGUAUUUGCAUUUUGUGUGGCAGACUCCCCAGAAACCCCUCAGUCAACAGGCUUCUGCUGUGUGGCACUGAGAGCCAGCAACAUCAAGGAGUGUGACGAAAUUGUGUGUCGUAUCGCUGCUGGCUUCAAGCACACCGAGUGGUUUGUAUGAUAAAUUAACUGUCAGCCAUUUGUGUUGUAAAUAAA